UUUCUUACAUAACUCUCUCGUCCCUUGGUUCUCCAGCAACAGAAGUAUACUUUGUGUGUAAUCUAAAAUUCGAAGAAGAAGAUCGUCUCGUUGGUUUUUUCGGAAGAUGAGUGGUACGGUGAAGGAUAUGGCAUCAAAGGCGGAGCUUGAUAACUUGCGCCAGAGCGGCGCACCAGUGGUGCUUCACUUCUGGGCUUCUUGGUGUGACGCUUCCAAGCAGAUGGAUCAAGUUUUCUCUCAUCUCGCUACUGAUUUCCCUCGUGCUCACUUCUUUAGGGUCGAAGCUGAGGAGCAUCCUGAGAUAUCUGAGGCUUACUCUGUUGCUGCUGUCCCCUAUUUCGUCUUCUUCAAGGAUGGCAAAAUUGUGGAUACACUUGAAGGGGCAGAUCCAUCAAGUUUAGCCAAUAAGGUUGGCAAAGUUGCUGGUUCUAGUACGUCUUCGGAGCCUGCUGCUCCUGCAAGCUUGGGGUUGGCUGCUGGGCCAACGAUUCUUGAAACUGUGAAGGAGAAUGCGAAAGCGACUGUGCAAGACCGAGCUCAGCCUGUAUCUACCGCAGAUGCUCUCAAGAACCGUUUGGAGAAACUCACCAACUCUCAUCCUGUCAUGUUAUUCAUGAAAGGUGUUCCUGAGGAGCCUAGGUGUGGGUUUAGCAGGAAAGUAGUUGACAUCUUGAAAGAUGAGAAGGUUGAAUUCGGAAGCUUUGACAUACUUUCAGACAACGAAGUGCGAGAGGGUUUGAAGAAAUUCUCUAACUGGCCAACGUUUCCCCAGCUGUACUGUAACGGAGAGCUUCUUGGUGGAGCUGAUAUCGCAAUAGCGAUGCAUGAGAGUGGUGAACUUAAAGAAGCUUUCAAAGAUCUUGGUAUCACUUCAGUUGGUUCAAAAGCAAGUCAAGAUGAAGCGGUAAAAGGAGGAGUAAGUUCAGACAACACGGGCUUAAGCGAGACCCUUCGAGCUCGGCUCCAAGGUCUGGUCAAUUCCAAACCAGUUAUGUUGUUUAUGAAAGGAAGACCAGAAGAACCAAAGUGUGGGUUUAGUGGGAAAGUAGUUGAGAUUCUCAACCAAGAAAAAAUCGAGUUUGGGAGUUUUGAUAUACUCUUAGAUGAUGAAGUUCGUCAAGGGCUUAAAGUGUAUUCAAACUGGUCGAGCUAUCCUCAGCUCUACGUGAAAGGUGAGCUUAUGGGCGGGUCAGACAUUGUCUUGGAGAUGCAAAAGAGUGGAGAGCUGAAAAAGGUUUUGUCCGAGAAAGGGAUCGCUGGAAAACAGAGCCUUGAAGAUAGAUUGAAGGCGUUGAUAAACUCCUCGGAAGUAAUGCUUUUCAUGAAAGGCUCACCAGAUGAACCUCAAUGCGGAUUUAGCUCCAAAGUUGUGAAAGCACUGAGAGGAGAAAACGUGAGCUUCGGAUCGUUUGAUAUCUUGACUGAUGAAGAAGUAAGGCAAGGGAUUAAGAAUUUCUCGAACUGGCCAACUUUUCCUCAGCUUUACUACAAAGGUGAGUUAAUUGGAGGAUGUGAUAUAAUCAUGGAGCUUAGUGAGAGCGGUGAUCUCAAAGCAACUCUAUCAGAGUGAGUAUCAUAGUCAGUCCAGUCCCUAUGCGUUUUGCCUUGGUGAGAGAGAGAGAACAUUUUUAGAUCUGGUAAUAAUAUGUUUAGGUUACCCACAUUGAAAAUUGUUGCUACUCCGAGCUUUGUCCUGUUAUUUCUAUGGUUGAAUCUAUCAUAUUCAUGACUUUUUUUUUCCUUCCUUGUAUUAACAAAACUUUAUGCCUGGGAUAUCUUAAACAUAUGUUUUUAAAA